AUGAUUUUAACUGCUAUUGAAAAAUAUGCCAAUUGUGCCAAUGAACAUUUGGCUCCAUUAAGAGCUUUGGCUAAUUACAAACAAUAUGAGACUUUUGUAUAUCCUGAGGGUUAUAGCCAAUCAACACAACCCAUAGUGGGGGCUACAAAUAAUCGUAACAAACCUAAAGUAAAGUGUACAAAAGUUAACUUGUGUUCUAUACAACAACCGCAAACACACUCUAAGUUAAAGUAUAAUUCAAAGAGUCCCACAUUGUUGGGCAGACCUCAGGAACCAAAAAAGCAGGUUGCCCAAGCAAAUCGUCGAUAUUUUCCUUAUAAUCCAAAUGUUAGAUUAACCUUCAUAUGGAAAAAAGGAAUUAUUAUAACUCCUACACAAAACCCCAAAGAUGAAACGAUAAAUACAAAACCUGGAACAGAAAAUAAAAGCUGUGAUUGUACCAAAAGAACCACAGAAAACCCACCAACUACCCACGAAAAUUUAAAGCAAGAGACCCCAAUAAAUAGUGAAAAUAAACAGGGAACUGAAAAAUCGUCUACCACAACAACAACAACAGAAGCGGGACCUAUUGUGGGCAGUAUUCAGGAUCAGUCAGCAAAAACUAUAAAACCUAAAAGCUGUGGUUGUUUGAAAAAGACUACAUCAAUAGCACAAACCCAACCGAUUUUAACUCUAACACCAACAUCAACAGAACCAGAACCUCUUUUAGGAAAAUCAAAUGAUAAAACAAAUUCUUCGAAGCAGAUUCAAAACUUUUUUAACACAAAACUUGCCACAGAUAAACUCACCCAUAUAGGAAUGAAAGAUCCUUACUCAAAUCAAAAUUUAAAUUUAUUAUUUCUACAAUUGGAUAUUAUGGCCCACAAUGAGAGUAAAGAGGAUCUGAAGCAGAUUUUACAAAAAUUAAAUGCUUUGAAAUCAGCCUUAAAAAUAACAGAACCUACUGAUGACAAAACGGAAACAACUAAAGCUUUUUCCACCAGCACCAUGGCGCCCAUAAGUACAAUUAGUCCUACAAGCUUAAAAUCAGCAAUAUCGCCAUCAACAACAACUAAAGUACGCGAAUCACCAUUAGUGGGGGCUAAAGAGCCUGAACUGAUUGUAACAACAAUUAAAGUUCAAGAAUCAUCUGUAGUUACACACACAGAACCAGAAUUACUGUCAACAACAGUUCAAGCUCAACAGCCUUCUUUAUUGACAACUAAAGAUCCCGAUGUUUUUAGCACAACAAUGAAAAUACAGGAAUCGACUCAAACAUCAACUAAAGAACCUGAAAUUGUUACAAAAAUAUUGGAAGAUUUAAAUAAAAUUGAGAACCAAAAUAACGUUAAAACUCUUAAAGAAGCCCCAAAUUUGCAACUCAAAGCCAUUUUAAAAACAGAAAAUUCUAAGAAAGAAUCCAACAAAAUCAUUAUAAAUACCACACCCAAUACACCCCCAAUACAUACCACCCUAAAAUCGGAAAAGAACUCUUCUCCACUGCUAAAAGCAAUAGAAGAUUUCUCCCAGAAAUUAAAUCUCAACCAGGAUGAGGACAUUACCGCAGUGACCAGUUCACCUCCCCUACAAUUAAAUAUAACAAGUUCCAAAGAUUUAGCACGCAUAACCAAUCAACUGCAUACUAUAGUGACCUCCACGGCUAAUAAAACAAGUCAGGGAAGUACCCAACAACAACAUAAUAAAUCGGGGGAUAAAACUUUUAGCACUAAUAAUGCGAAUAUUACUAUACCACAUGAAGAUCCAAAUACCCUUAAACACACGAACAAUGGUUCCUUUUCUAAUUCCACAAUAACCAUUUCCAUCUCCAGUAAUGGCAGUUUUAAGAAAGUACAAGUAGAGCAGCAGACACCGAGUGAUAAAAAUUUGGAAAUUAAUGAAAAGGAAAAUAUGAAUAUGGAAUUAGAUCUACAAUUUUUCUUAAAUCUAUUAAUAAUAUCAGUAUUCUUAAAAAUAUAA